UCCACGAUUCGUUCAGUGAUUGGAGCCGCUGGCUAUAACAGAUACUACACGUGAGCGGCGACCACUUAGACGGGAAAAGUCAAAUAUUUUCCUUGAGGUAUAUGCCCCUAAAACAGUGAAUAUUUGAGCAUGGAAUUUGUAACCGGCGAAGGUGCCCAGCGAAAAAAAAAAGAAGGAGGAGAAUAAAGGCCCAUUUGUGCGCGCCAAUCAGUUGAUAGAUAGAAGCAGCAUGGCAUUAAAAUAAGCUGUUAAAUACGCUAAAAACGCUUAACAUUACAUACGUGCAACCUUUGAAUCGCUGGAUUGUUAAAAUUAAGAUUUGCAUUUUCAGAUUCUACGCAUUGAAAGCUAUUAGAUUGCAAUAAGAAGAGGCAGUAAUUUUAUUUCCAUUAAGAGAGUAAAGUUUAACUUUAUUUUUACUCAUAAAGAUUUCAGUAUUAUACAUAUUUCAUAUGUUAUAGAGAUAUUUACAGAAAUUAAGCAAUCAUGAGUCUUCAGUGGUCUUUAAUCGCUGGAUUUCUAUAUGUCGAAGUCAUAAUAGUUUUACUAUUGGUGUUACCAAUAAUUUCGCCCACAAGAUGGCAGAAGAUCUUUAAAUCCCAGUUUUUAAGAAGUUUAAGCGAUAGAGCAUCAAUUUAUUUCUUAAUUUUGCUUGCAAUAUUAGUCGUGAUUUUAUUGGAUGCUAUUAGAGAAAUGCGAAAGUAUUCUACAGUUGUAGCUGUAGAGAAAGAUCAUCAUCAUAUUGAUGCCGAAUUGCAAGGUAGUAUGAAACUAUUCAGGGCACAACGAAACUUUUACAUAGCUGGUUUCUCACUGUUCUUAAGCCUUGUUAUACGUCGUCUUGUAAUUUUAAUCUCUAAUCAAGCCGUUCUACUGGCACGAAGUGAAGCAGUUACACGUCAAGCUGAAUCGGCAACUACAACAGCGAAACAUUUGUUGUUACAACAGAAAAUUAGUGGAGAGACUGUUCAGAAUGACUCGAACGAAGCUCAUGAUAAAGUAACAUUAGAAUGGAAAGCUCAGAUUAACGAAUUACAAAUAAAAAAUCAAGAAUUGGAAAAUCAACUUGCGAGAGAAAAGAAAGAUAAAGAAGCUAUAAAGUCGCAAGCUGAAUCCCUUGCCAAGGAAUAUGAUCGGUUAAACGACGAAUACAGCAAAUGCGUUCAAUCAACUAACGAUAAAAAAAGUGAUUAAAUUCCUUUUAUUUCCUUCUUAUACUCUGUUCUUCUAUAUAAAAAUUGCUUUCGACUGAUAUGUCAUAUUACAGAGUUCUGUCGCCCUGUAUCUAUGUACUGUAUAGAUAAUAAGAUAAAUAAGAAUAAAUUAUUUAAUAUAUAA